AUGGCUCUCAACAGACUUAAGUCCAUUGCCCAACAAGUCACAGGCUCCAGCCCACCCCCUCAUCCAUUCGAUCCGCUCACCAAUGUCGAAAUUGAGAAAGCUGUUGAAAUCGUGAGAAGGGAUCAUGUGAAGCUCAAUUUCAAUGCGGUCACUCUCCGGGAGCCUGCAAAGAAGGAGAUGCUGAAAUGGUUGGAGGAGCCUUCACAAACCCCCAGGCCAUUGCGAAUAGCGGACGUAAUUGCGAUUGCUCCAGGUGGCAAAGUGUGCGAAGGUUUGGUCGACUUGAAAAAUGAAACGAUCAUUAAAUGGGAAGCUUUGGAGGGUGUACAACCUUUAAUUACAAUGGAGGACCUCCAAAUUGUAGAACAUAUUGUUCGGAAAGACCCCAAGGUUAUUGAGCAGUGCGUGCUUAGUGGCAUUCCGAAGGAAGAUAUGCACAAAGUCUACUGUGAUCCAUGGACUAUUGGCUAUGAUCAUAGAUUCGGCAACACAGUCAGAUUGCAACAGGCACUCAUGUACUACAGGCCACAUGUCGACGACUCCCAAUACUCGUAUCCCCUAGACUUCUGCCCAAUUUACGAUGCCGACAAACAGGAAAUCAUUCAUAUUGAUAUCCCGGAGGUUCGCCGGCCUGUCAACCAGGCAAAGCCGAAUAACUACCAUGUCGAUGCCAUCGAAAAGGAAGGGGGUUAUCGAACGGAUAUUAAGCCAAUUCAUAUCACACAACCAGAUGGAGUGUCAUUCAAAGUUGACGGGCGAGUUAUUGAUUGGCAAAAUUGGAAAUUCCAUGUAGGAUUCAACUACAAGGAAGGCAUUGUGCUGAACAACAUCACGUAUAAUGACAAGGGAGCCGUUCGCCCUACUUUCUACAGACUCUCGCUCGCGGAAAUGGUGGUUCCGUAUGGCAAUCCAGAACAUCCUCAUCAAAGGAAGCACGCAUUUGAUCUCGGAGAAUACGGUGGUGGAUAUAUGACCAACAGUCUCUCGCUAGGUUGCGACUGCAAGGGGGCCAUCCACUACAUGGAUGCGGCAUUUGUCAACCGUGCUGGGGAGAGCACAACUAUUAAGAAUGCCAUUUGCAUCCAUGAAGAAGAUGCAGGAAUCUUAUUCAAACACACCGACUUCCGUGACGAGUCGGUCAUCGUCACUAGGGGACGCAAACUUAUAGUCUCUCAGGUUUUCACUGCAGCCAACUACGAGUAUUGCGUCUAUUGGGUCUUCCACCAAGAUGGUACGAUCCAGUUGGAAAUAAAACUCACGGGUAUCCUGAAUACCUAUGCCAUGAACCCAGGCGAGGACACGAAGGGCUGGGGCACAGAGGUUUAUCCUGGAGUGAAUGCACAUAACCACCAACACCUCUUCUGCUUACGAAUUGAUCCGAACAUCGAUGGACCCAACAAUACGGUCUUUCAAGUCGAUGCCACUCCAGGUGCUGGUGCUGUAGGGAGCAAGGAAAAUCCUUAUGGGAAUGCCUUCUUCGCCGAGAGGACCAAAUACUCCAAAGUGUCCGAGGCAAUCAGCGACUAUGAUGGCGUUACAUCUCGAACGUGGGAUAUGUGCAACACUAACAAGCUCAACCCAUACAGCCACAAGCAUGUCAGCUACAAGCUCGUGAGCCGGGAAGUCCCUAAACUACUCCCCAAGGAGGGAUCCUUGGUGUGGAAACGCGCAGGCUUCGCCAGGCAUGCUGUGCAUGUCACGAAAUAUGAUGAUGACCAGCUGUGUCCAGCGGGACGCCACGUCCCCCAAACAUCCGGUGAACCUUCUCGAGGUAUUCCAGAAUGGAUUGCCGAUGGCGAAGCUAGUAUUGAGAACACAGAUAUUGUUCUCUGGCAUACUUUUGGAAUCACGCACUUUCCAGCACCAGAAGACUUCCCUGUUAUGCCGGCGGAAUCAAUGUCGUUAUUACUGCGUCCGAGGAAUUUCUUCACUAAGAAUCCGGCAUUGGAUGUCCCACCUAGCUAUUGUAGUACCCCUAGCCAGAUCGCCAACAAGAGCCAGGUACUAGAUGCUGCAGAUAAGGUAUCCAAACUGGCGGUUGUAGGUAGUGCGGCAUAG